AUGUCAUCCAAAAACGAACAAGGCGGCAUGGACGUCAAGCAAAAGAACGUCUUCAACGCCCCCCUUCACAAACACUCCUCCGAAUCCAGCGCGCCCAAAUCCCUCCCCUCGUCCCUGCACGCCGGCUACUGCACAGCCGCCAACCCCAUCGGCGCACAACUGACCUCAGCCUUCAUCCGCGCCUCGGGCCUCAAGGAUGUCAGCGCCGGCCAGCGGUUCUGCGUAUCCGCCGCGAGCUGGAAGAAAGUAGCAGAUAAGGGAGAGGAUGUGCCUGGCGUGACGCUGGCGAGUAGUCAUGUGGGUGCGUUAGAUAGUGUGGGGUUAGAUGUAUUGAAGAAGUGGGAGGUGCGGGAUCAUAGUCAUCAACAUGGGGCAGCGAGGGCGGGGGAUGGGAAUGGUUUUGUCAGGGAGAGUGGGGAGAUUGGGGGGAAGGAGCCGAGGGCUUAG